UCAAGAUGGCCGCGCUGUGCUGUUGAUGUGAUUGACUUGCAGCACUGAUCACAGAAAUGAAAACAUAAUCUUUAUAUUCACCUUAUUUUAUCUUUAUCGCCGAUUAUAUUAAGACCGAGAUUGUUCAUAUUUUCAUGCUAUUGUGAUUCUUUUACAUCGGAAAACUCCGAGGACUUUUAAACAUGGUAAUGUGUUAAACUGUCUAAACGAAGACCAUUAUUAUUAAACAUGCAGAUAAAGCUGUAAUUCUAUAGUUAGCUCUGGUUUUGGCUUCACACAUUACAUCCAAGCACCUUAUUUAGAUAGAGUCUACAUCAUUUACGAGUCAGCCAAAUUGGAUAGCAUGGAGGGGAGCGAGUCAAGUGCAAAAGACAGAAGAAGAUCUCGGAGCAGAGAAAGAGAAAAUCGGAAACGUAAAAGGAGCAGAUCAUCUUCGUCAUCUUCCAGUUCUUCCUCCUCCUCCUCAUCAUCAUCGUCGUCGUCUUCACGGUCUUCAUCCAGCAGUGAUUCAUCUCGUAGUAAGUCCAGCUCCAGUGGCUCAGAUUCUUGUAAAAAGCGAAGAAAAUCUUCAAAGAAACUGAAAGAAAAGCAUGGCAAAAAGAAAGGAAGAAAAGAGAAGACACGUAAACGGAAGAAGGAAAAGGGACAAAAAGUGCAGGAUGAAAGCUCUGGACCUGUUCAGAUUUCAAAGUACCUUAAGGAAAAGAAGAGAAGCGGCAAGUAUAGUAUGAUAUCAGGGAAGAAGAUUAAAAUGAAAAUGAAAAAAUCAAAGAAGGACAAGCAGAGGGACAAAAACAGAGCCGAACUGCUGGAGUUCUUAAACUCCACCUUCUGAUUCAGUCCCAAUCAGGACCUUUAUUUUGCAUUACGAGCCUGACCACCACUCAGGGAAAAAACGUCUUCAAUGACUGAUGUUGUCCUGAUGCCAUACAUUGACUAUUCCUUAACAUAAAUUGUUUUAUGUAGAUGGUUGUCUAUACGAUACAUACAGUAUGUUUUGUAUCUGAUUAACUGUACACUAUGAGAAAUGUAGUAGCUUGGAUGUAACAUUGUUACAUGUUACUGAAAUUUAAAAAAAUAUAUAUAUAUGUGUGUGUGUGUGUGUGUGUGUGUGUGUGUAUAUAUGUAUGAGUAAUCAUGGGGAUCAUGUUUUUGUCUUAUCAUCUUUAAAUGGUAAACCUCAAGUAAAUAAUUACUUUACUUAAUCUGUCCAAAAUCAGAGGUGUAAGGAAUUGUUCCGAGAGAUGCUGAAUUAUGUUUCGUUGUGAAUAAUACAAGGACAGUUUGGACUCAUUCAACCUUUCACCAGGAAUAUUACGUUUUAUAUUGUAUCAUAGUGAAUCUUCAUCCUUUCUUUUUCUCUUUUUUCAAAACAAUUCAAAUCAGAAGCAGCAAUGUUGUCGAGCCGUUCCAUUGUUGUGUUCCUAUCCCAUAUGAUAAUCUAUUUACUCUAUGGUGUAUUUACCUCCGCACUAGCAGAUUGUUGAGUUUGAUCUGUGUAUUGGACCGUUACUUUGUCAAUUCUGUAAAAUACAUUUCCACUCUGA